AGAUUCUUCAGCUGAAGCUUGAUCACCGGUUGCUGUUUUAGGAUCUGGCUUCAAAUGUUCUUCGAUUCGUAGUAUCAAUGUUGUUUGAUUCGAUUGUUUUGAGAUUAUUAUGAAUCCUCUUUGCUGCAUUGCUCCUGUUUCGAUUGAUGACCGGACUAAUCCCGUCGUAGCUAAAUCAUCAGCGGGGACAGCGAAUCACCAGUCUCAGUUAGGGGUUGAAUCUCUUCCGGUAACGAAAUCUGGUAGUAACCACGCUUCUAAGCCGUCGUUUUCGACUCAGGCUUCUUGGAUCAGCCAAGAUCAGUUAGAGAGACUCUCUUCUGAAGUAGUAGAUGACGUGAAUCUCGAGGGGAAAGAUGCUUCUUCUUCUUCUUCUAAAGGAUGUUUCUUCUUUGGGAAUGGCGUCGGUGCUGGAGCUGGUGUUGCUGGGAUUAUGUAUAAGUGGGUGAACUAUGGGAAAGGGUGGAGAGCUAGAUGGUUUGAGCUGGAGGACGGUGUUUUGUCGUAUUAUAAGAUCCAUGGACCUGAUAAGAUUGUGAUGAAUCCGUCUAGAGAGAAAGGUGUUAGGGUGAUUGGUGAGGAAUCUGUGAGGUACAUUAGGAAAGCUAGCUGCGGUAGUAGCAACCGCCUUGGAGCUUCUGCAGUAGCAGCUUCAAGGCCUUGUAAACCAUUUGGAGAAAUACAUUUGAAGGUUUCUUCGAUUCGAGCGAGCAAGUCUGAUGACAAAAGGCUUGCUAUAUUUACUGGGACAAAGACUCUUCAUUUACGUUGUGUAUCGAGAGAUAAUCGAGCAGCCUGGGUAGAAGCUUUGCAGGUGGCCAAGGAUCUUUUUCCUAGAGUGGCCAGCAGCGACAUCCUACCCUCAGAAGAUGCGGUUGUAUCGACCGAGAAGUUGCGUGAAAAGUUACUGCAGGAAGGCGUUGGUGAAACAGUAGUAAAAGAUUGUGAAGCCAUCAUGCUUUCAGAAGUUUCUGUGCUGCAGAACCGGUUGAAGGUUCUCACACAUAAACACAUUAUACUACUGGAUACACUAAGACAGUUGGAGACUGAGAAAAUAGAGCUGGAAACUACUGUUGUUGAUGAAACAAAGGAGCAUGACUCUUGCUGUGGACAGGGAAGACGAUUUAGUGAUUUCUAUUCAGUGAUGUCAGAGGUAUCUGCAAGCGAUUCUGAGGCAGAUAAUGAAAGUCAAGAUGGAGCAGAUGUUGAAUCUGAUGAAGAUGAUGUACCUUUCUUUGAUACAAAUGAUAUCCUAUCAGCCGAAGCACUGAGAAGUGCUUCUUAUCGUAGCAGAGAAGCUGAAGGAAAUGGAUCUAUCUACGAUAAAGACCCCUUCUUUUCUGACCGCUUGCAAGUUCCCGCUAGGAUUCCGCAGUAUCCAUAUGUCAGAAGAAGGGAUAAUUUACCGGAGCCAAAGGAGAAGGAAAAGCCAGUUGGAUUAUGGUCAAUCAUCAAAGAAAACAUUGGCAAAGACUUGUCUGGAGUUUGUCUCCCGGUAUAUUUUAAUGAGCCUCUCUCUUCUCUGCAGAAGUGCUUUGAGGAUUUGGAGUACUCAUACUUGAUAGACAGAGCACUUGAGUGGGGGAAGCAGGGUAAUGAAUUGAUGAGGAUUCUAAACAUAGCAGCGUUUGCCGUAUCUGGCUAUGCGUCCACGGAAGGCAGGCAAUGCAAACCUUUCAAUCCUCUACUUGGGGAGACCUAUGAAGCUGAUUAUCCAGAUAAAGGACUUCGUUUCUUCUCUGAGAAGGUGAGUCAUCAUCCUAUGAUUGUUGCUUGCCAUUGUGAGGGACAAGGUUGGAAUUUCUGGGGAGACUCAAAUAUCAAAGGAAAAUUUUGGGGACGGUCAAUCCAGCUUGACCCAGUGGGUGUCUUGACAUUAAAAUUUGAUGAUGGUGAGAUAUAUCAAUGGAGCAAGGUUACCACUUCCAUAUACAACAUCAUCCUUGGUAAACUUUACUGCGAUCAUUAUGGUACAAUGCGCAUCAAAGGCGGUAGCAAUUAUUCUUGCCGGUUGAAGUUCAAGGAGCAGUCAGUCAUAGAUAGAAACCCUCGUCAGGUUCAUGGGUUUGUGCAAGACAACAGAACCGGGGAGAAAGUAGCUAUACUGAUAGGCAAAUGGGAUGAAGCAAUGUACUAUGUAUUGGGAGAUCCGACAACAAAACCAAAGGGAUAUGAUCCAAUGACAGAAGCGGUGUUACUGUGGGAAAGAGACAAAUCUCCUACAAAAACAAGAUACAAUCUCUCUCCUUUUGCAAUCUCUCUCAAUGAGAUAACUCCUGGGAUGAUAGACAAAUUGCCUCCAACAGAUUCAAGACUGAGACCAGACCAAAGACACUUAGAAAACGGUGAAUAUGAGUCAGCAAAUGCCGAGAAACUGAGACUUGAACAGUUACAGAGACAGGCAAGGAGGCUGCAGGAGAAAGGAUGGAAACCGAGAUGGUUUGAAAAGGAUGAAGAAGGGAAUUAUCGGUAUCUAGGAGGUUACUGGGAAGCAAGAGAGAAGAAAGAUUGGGAUAGAAUCACUGACAUUUUCAAGAAGCAGCAACAGCGUAACACGCUCUCAUCUUCUUCAUCGUCUACCUUUCUUUAACCAUCAAUCAUCCCAUGUUUUUUUUUGUGCUUUGAUAAUUUAAUACAUAUAGAAAGAUCUU